UCGGCUCCAGCUCCGCGCUCUUCUCCGCUCUGCCUCCGGCUCUGCGCUCACCCACUGCCCAAGCCUGCCGCUCCUGCCCCAGUACCCCGAGGUGGGCCCUAGACACCGGAGAUCCCCUGGCUCCUCGCCCCAGCCCUUACUCUCCAUACCCCAGCCCCCGAGAGCGCGCUACGCCGCCAGGGGGCGCCGUGUGAGCUCCCUAUCCCGGCCACCCGGCGCCCCCUCCCACGGCCCAGGUGGGGACGGGAGGGGGGCGCCGGGGGCCAUGCGGGGCCAGAGCCGUAAGGAGAGUUUGUCCGAUUCACGAGACCUGGACGGAUCCUAUGACCAGCUCACGGGCCACCCUCCAGGGCCCACUAAAAAAGCGCUGAAGCAGCGGUUCCUCAAGCUGCUGCCAUGCUGCGGGCCCCAAGCCCUGCCCUCAGUCAGUGAAACAUUAGCCGCCCCAGCCUCCCUCCGCCCCCACAGACCCCGCCUGCUGGACCCAGACAGCGUGGAGGAUGAGUUUGAAUUGUCCACCGUGUGUCACCGGCCCGAGGGUCUGGAGCAGUUGCAGGAGCAAACCAAAUUCACGCGCAAGGAGCUGCAGGUCCUGUACCGGGGUUUCAAAAACGAAUGUCCCAGUGGAAUUGUCAAUGAGGAAAACUUCAAGCAGAUUUACUCCCAGUUCUUUCCUCAAGGAGACUCGAGCACAUACGCCACUUUUCUCUUCAAUGCCUUUGACACCAACCAUGAUGGCUCAGUCAGUUUUGAGGACUUUGUGGCUGGUUUGUCGGUGAUUCUUCGGGGAACCACAGAUGAUAGGCUGAACUGGGCCUUCAACCUGUAUGAUCUCAACAAGGAUGGCUGUAUUACCAAGGAGGAAAUGCUUGAUAUCAUGAAGUCCAUCUAUGACAUGAUGGGCAAGUACACGUAUCCUGCACUCCGGGAGGAGGCCCCAAGGGAGCACGUGGAGAGCUUUUUCCAGAAGAUGGACAGGAACAAGGAUGGCGUGGUGACUAUUGAGGAAUUCAUUGAGUCUUGUCAAAAGGACGAGAACAUCAUGAGGUCCAUGCAACUCUUUGACAAUGUCAUCUAGCUCCCCAGGAGCGGGGGUCAGUUGCCCUGGGGGGAUCAUACUCUAGCCCUAGUCCAGGUGGACCUCACCCUCCUCUUCCCAGGUCUGUCCUCAUCCUAGCUCUACCCUGGGGGCUAUAGGAACCCAAGAGCCUGGGGAUUUGGUGGUCCAUACUGCUGGAGCUGAGAGGGGUAGGGAGUGGGCAGAGUGUAUCUGUGGGGGUGUUCUCAACUCCCAACAGCUCCCGCUUCCUGCCUGAAACUCAGUGCUGAGGUUGCCCUGUUAUGGGAAUUGAGUGGUCCUUCCCCUCCCACCCCACAACUGAGAAACCACAACACUAGGCAAAAUGUCUCCUGCUAUGGUGCUUCCCCUAUCUCUGAUCUCAUAAACAUUUCCCCUAAGAUUCCCUUAUAAAAUAGCUGUUCUGUCCUUGCCACUGACUGGCCUUUUAGGCCAGGGCCUUUGACAGUGCUGUAGGAGGGGGUCAAGAAUGUGGAGGGAGUAACCUUGGGCCUAAGCCAGUGGGUAGGCCCUAGGAGGCAAUUGCGGUAGAGAGCAGAAAGGCCUGGGGAUUGUCAGUGACAGCAUACCACGCUAUCGCUUUGAGCUCUACAGUUCUGCCACCCCAAGCCAUCAGAAUGUGUUUCCAGGCUCUUCAGAAAACCUUGGAAAUAUCCCCAGGAAAUGUCCAUAUACUCCUCAGUAUCCCAGGAGAACUUGGGAUCCAGGUUUUGGCAGAUCCCUGGAAUUUCUUCCUCUCCUUCCUUCCUGUUUGGGUAGUGGCGGUGGCAGCAGGGGGAAGAUGGGUGGGAGCUGUCCUGACUGAUACCUGCCAAAGUUUCAGCCUACCUUCUCUGAUGACUACAACUUAAGUUUUCAUUUGCCAUUUCCUCUAGACCUGGAGGCAUGGAGUAAGUCAGGGACCACCCUGUGGAUGCCUUAGGAGAAAAAGGAGGGAAGGAGGCAGACAUAGCAUUUGAACCCAGUGUGGGGGCAUUUUUGAGAAUUUUUGAUAUACCCAGGCUCUAUUCCUGCCUCCCCACAUAGCCUCCUCAUAGCCUACUCAGUUUCCUCUUGCUCUAGUCAAUCUACCCAGAGAUGCCCCUGAGCACACCUUGAAGGCAGGGACCAUAGGAUCCAGGUCCCACCUCACUGUCAGCAGCCCUGCCACACUGCUACCGUUUAAUAUAUCUGCUUGUCCCAUUUAGCUCACUUUCCCAGUUGGCUGUGAAUUGAGGCGGAGGGCCCCCGAGGAGCCCCCUUCCCCAUAGGAACGCUGUUGACUACUUUGCAUUUUUCGUUCCUCUGUAAUUUUUGUAAAAUAAGAAAUCACCAGAUCCAA